UUCAAACGAAAAGUUUGUGGGAUUUUUAAACUUGAAUCCCCAAAUAUUAUAUUUUGUGAUAUUAAGUUUGUUUUGGAUGAACCUGAAAUGUACAGGUUAUUUUUUAGAUAAACAUUCCUCAAAAAAACUUUUGAACUUCCUCUCGUACUGUUUAUAUCCCCCGACGAUAUUCACAGGUCCAUUUAUAUCAAUUAAUGAUUAUUUAAACAUCUAUAACUCUACAGCUGUACCUUUUUGGAAAAGGGUACAAAAACUUAUUUUAAAUUUAGGUGGAUGUAUAUUUUGGUAUACCCUUACCAAUUUCUGUUUGCAUUACAUAUAUGUAAAUGCCACUUCAUAUCAACCACAGUUGGUUAAACAUUUUGAUAGUUGGAGCUUAUAUGGGUAUGGAUAUGCAAUGGGUCAGUUUUUUCAUAUUAAGUAUGUUGUUCUGUAUGGAUUAAGCACAAGUUUUGCUUCCUUUGAAAAUGUCAAUGUGCCUCAUUUACCAAGAUGUAUUGGAAGAAUUCAUUUGUAUUCAGACAUGUGGAAAUAUUUUGAUCCUGGUUUAUACAAAUUUUUACUAAGAUGAGUCUGAAUAACUUGUUAAUGCAAUUGUUCCCAGAAAAAAAGCCUGAAAUAAUCCAUUUUGGUGAUCUAGCAUUUGAAAAGUGUGAGUAAAUUUUUGCUCGUAAAGAAACUAAAUAAGGACCACUUUUUGAAAGGGGUGGUAUAGUCUUAAGUAGAACAUCCUAAAAAUAUGUG